AUGACAAAUGAUACUCACCUCUAUAAGACAAUUUUGGCUCCACAUUUUGGGAGACAUCAACGAAUCAGUGCAAUCGGAGGAGGAGGAGAUGAUGGGGGUGGUGAAAACAUUAGUAAUGCGGAUAAGCAAACAUCUAUCAUAUCUUCUUUUUCCGUAAAUUUUCAUUCUUAUUCAACUUCUCCUCCCUCACAUUUUCCUUUCUUCAAUACAUUCCAUACUCCGGUAUCACUCCAUAAUCAUGUGUUCGCCAGCGUCAUCACUUUAAUGACCAUCAUUGUGGCGAUGGCCGUUGAACCUGCAUCAGCCGCUUUCCGUUCUCUCUCUUUGACAUCUGCUUGCAACUCUUCGUCGCGAAUGACAGUGGAUCGGAUAUCUUCACUGACCGUUCGGCUUGGGUUUCUGCCUGCUAUGCUUCAAGGUGGAGAGGGUAAAAAAUCAGCCGGAGCCUUUCUUACGGCCAUUGAAGAUGUGAAUCAAAGUAAAGAUUUUGCUGAUCAAGGAAUCAAGUUGGAUUAUUUUUACGUUGACGCUCAGAGUAGCACUUUGGUGGCUAUCAAGGCUAUGACGGAUAUGUAUAUCCGUGGGGUAGCAGCUUUUAUCGGACCAGAGGACACAUGUGCCUAUGAGGCGGCCAUUACAGCCUCUUGGAAUCUACCAAUGAUUUCAUAUGUAAGUUAA